CUUUAGUGCCCAGGUUAUACAGAUGGAUCAGGGAGGUGAUGAAUUGAGUUAAUUUAGUAACACUACCAGUAAUGUGUCUGAGAUUCAGAAUUAGGCUCGUAGUCCCCAAGGGCUGCCACUGACCGUCUUAUUCUCUUUGACUCCCAUCUUUGAGUUUGUCUUUAUAUAUGGUUAAUGGCAAUCAGUUCUGCACCACUCAGAAUUUUCUGGCAGCAGAAUAAUUGGGGACUGGAUAAAAGGUUUAUUAGCACUAUCAUUAGAAGAUAUGGAGGAUGUGAAACCUCUACCCACAGGCCUCUUGGAUCGCAAGGUUCAACAGAAAAAAGGAACAGUAGAGACUGUCAAAGCCAAGCUACAUCAAAAACUGUCCUGUUCAGUGCCAAAAGUAAAGAGAACAUUAACAGACUUCUUCCCUGUGGUGCUCUGGCUGCCAAAGUACAAGCUAAAGGAAUAUGUAUGGGGCGAUCUGAUGUCAGGUCUUAUAGUUGGGAUCAUUCUGGUUCCUCAGGCCAUUGCUUACUGCUUACUGGCAGGCUUAGAACCUGUUUAUGGUUUGUACACAUCAUUUUUUAGCAACAUUAUCUACUUCAUCUUGGGCACAUCCAGACAUGUAUCUGUGGGCAUCUUCAGCCUGAUGAGCUUAAUGGUAGGACAGGUUGUAGACAGAGAGGUCUAUUUGGCAGGGUUUGAUCUGAGUGAGGACAGCAAGCGAAGCACUGGCUGGAAUGGCACUGAAGACAACACCACAAGUGGAGAGAUCUUCAUGAAGUCCUUUGAUAUGGAGUGUGGAAAAGAAUGCUAUGCUAUUAGCAUUGCAACAGCAUUAACAUUCCUCACUGGAACUUACCAGAUACUGAUGGCUGUGUUCAGGCUGGGCUUUGUUUCAGUUUAUCUUUCUGCUCCAAUGCUGGAUGGAUUUGCCACCGGCGCCUCUUGCACCAUCCUAACCGUGCAGGCUAAGUACCUACUAGGUCUCAAAAUUCCCCGCCACCAAGGCUAUGGAACAGUCUUGGUCACCUGGAUAAACAUCUUCAAGAACAUACAUAAGACCAAUUUCUGUGAUAUGAUCACCAGUGCCAUCUGUAUCACUAUGCUAUUGGCAGGAAAGGAGCUCCAGGAUCGCUACAAGAAUCGUCUGAGGAUACCACUGCCCACAGAGUUGGUAGUAGUGGUAGUAGCCACCACAGUGUCCCACUUUGCUGAUCUUAGUGGACAAUAUAGCUCAGGCAUCUCAGGGAGCAUUCCAACUGGCUUCAUUCCACCUAAGGUCCCAGAUUUUGGACUGAUGCCAAGAUUGGUAAUAGAUGCCAUCCCGCUGGCGGUGAUCAGUUUUGCUUUCACUGUUUCCUUGUCAGAGAUGUUUGCUAAAAAGAAUGGUUACACAGUCAGGCCAAACCAGGAGAUGUUGGCAAUUGGUUUGUGCAACAUCGUCCCAUCCUUCUUCCAUUCCUUCACCACAAGUGCUGCCCUGGCAAAAACAAUGGUGAAAGACUCGACAGGGUGCCAAACUCAGGUUUCUAGCGUGGUGAGUGCCUUAGUAGUUCUUUUGGUCCUUUUAUUUUUAGCUCCAUUCUUCUAUUCACUGCAGAAGUGUGUCCUGGCGUGCAUCAUUAUUGUCAGUCUGAGAGGGGCCCUUCAUAAAUUUAGAGAUGUUCCCGCACUCUGGCGUCUCAGCAAAAUUGAUGCAGUUGUCUGGAUGGUGACCAUGUGUUCAUCUGCCUUGAUUAGUGUGGAGAUCGGGCUAGUGGUUGGAGUUGUCUUUUCUAUGUUAUGUGUCGUGGCUCAAACCCAAAACCCUAAAGUUUCACUACUGGGCCAAAUCGAGAACACUAAUCACUAUGAGGACAUGGACAAUUACAAUCACCUGGUUAGCAUUCCAAAAGUAAAAAUCUUCCGCUUUCAGGCUCCCCUUUACUAUGCCAACAAGGACUUUUUCUUAAAGUCGUUAUACAAAGCAGUUGAGCUUGAGCCAUUCCUUGAAAAAAACAGAAGGAAAAAAAUUGAGAAAAGAGCAAAAGACAUGGUUACAAGUAGGACUGACAAAGAAAAUGGUGAUGCUAGUAUAAAUCUAAUAGUGAGUGAGUUGGAAUUUCAUACUAUAAUCUUGGACUGUUCCUCCAUAUCUUUCAUUGACACCACAGGAAUAAGCACUUUUAAAGGACUGUUGAAAGAAUACAAAGAGGUUGGUGUAAAUGUAAUCCUGGCAUGCUGCAACACAACGGUCCUAGAUUCUUUGAAGCGAAGUUCUUUCUUUGGGCCUGAUGAUAAAGAAAUGCAUACACUCUUCUUCCACACUGUUCAUAGUGCAGUCUUAUUUACCACACAUUCUACUGUAGCAUUAGACAGUACUACACCCGUUUAAAUGGCCUGUAAUCUGAUAUAUUAUUGGGGAACGCAAAACCUCUAAACCUGGUCCAGUUGUUAAAUACACACAAAAGCAACUCCACUAACACCUGGUGAAUAGCGUUACUGACCAACAUUACUAUUUAAUAUUUCUAGAUACGAAAUGUUUUUCUACAUACUGAUUGCAGAGAGGGCUCCUGGGAGCAUAAAUAAGAUCUUGUAAUUCAAGACUGAAUUUUUUGAAAUCCAUUUUUUUACAUUUACAGCCAGAGGAGAUGUGAUAUUUCUCUCUUGAGUAUAUUCCAAUAUAUGAACCUAUUUUUAUAUUAAUAAGAGAUAUUUUUUCUUUUUGGAUAUGUUUUUAUGUCCAUUUAAUGGCACACAAUCUUUGAUAGAUAUUGUGACUUUUUUUGUUCCUCUGUUAACUUUUUAAAAUUAUGUCAGCAUAGUUUCUUCUUAUAUGUAUACAUUAAAUAUUCUUUGUACCCAUUUUGUAUUGAGAAUAAAAACUGAAAAUUGCAUGUGUAAGUGUAUGAUGAUUUGGAUUUUGCAAAGCCCUGUUAUGUAACGUACACUGAUUCGGAUAAACAAUGCUGCUCCUGUAUAUUUCAGC